AUGCUUUUUCUUCAUCAACUCAAAGUACUUUUAUGGAAAAAUUAUAUAUUAAAGAAGCGCAGUCCUUUCGUUCUUCUAUUUGAACUUUUCAUUCCAUUGGUUUUAUUCCUAGUCAUGACUGCGAUACGAAAAACGCAAGAAGCUUCGUUUCAUCCACAAACCAAUUAUACGUCAAAUUUUCUCGAUCAGACAUACCGUGCUACACCAUUCCCAUCGUCAGGAGUGUUUUCAAUUCUUCAGUCAUUUUGUCCAAAAACAGCUCCCAGCAAUGAACAAGGUUUUAGUAUUUUCCCAAAUGGAACAUCUACAGAAAUGUUAAUAACCAUUGAUCGAAUAACUCGAACAAAUCCAUUUUUUACACAAAAUUUUUCCAUGUUUGAUAUUGAUUCUCUGCCUGACAUGUAUGAAACUUUAAUUGAUCGUCCAGCAUUUGUCUAUGAUUCUUUAUCAAAUUUAACUUUUUCAUUUACAAAAAAUCUAACAAAAAUUUGUUCAUUUUUUAUCAUGGAACUCAAUUAUUCAAAAGAAGAAUGUGAACUUAUAUUCAAUAAAACAGUUAUAAAUACUAAUCAAAUACAAAAUGUUUUUCCACAUUUAUUUGGAAAUUUAAGCGAUGGUUCACAAAAUGAUACUGAAGAUAAUUUAAAUCUUAUUGAAUAUUAUUCACUUUUACAAAUAUCUCUUUCACCAGAUGAAUUCUCCGCUGUAACACAAUUAUUUGGAAAAAUACUUGCAACGAAUUCAUUCGAAAAUUUAACUAAAGCUGAACUUCAUCUAUUGGCAAAGGCUAUUAAAAUAACAUUUUUUCAUCGUGAAACAUUGAAAAAAGUUUUCUGUUCAAAAGAAAAAUUCAAUUUAAUUUAUCAAUUUAACUCAACAGCUAUUAAUAAGACCGAUUUCCAACAACGAUUAUGCAAUAUGUCAGAUGAACAAUAUCAAGAGUUAUCCAAUCUUCUUAUGAAUUCAAUAUCGGAUGAUGAAAUUAUUGAUGCGUUUCAAUUGGAACACAUAGAAAUAUCAUCUAUGCUGUUUCAAUUAGAUGAUUACGUUAUUCAACUUGAAAAAUAUGCAGCGUUUGAACAAGGCUUAAGAGAUUUAUAUGAUAUUGCCAAACUUCUUCGAACGAAUUCUUGCUCUAUAGAUGAACACAAUAAUACUGAAACAUCUACAUCAUCACGACCAGCUGUCACCUUUACUGGCAAUGUGGAGUCAGUUGCAAUGAAUAAAUUAAAAACUAAAAAAGGAUUUUUCCCUCUAUGGCUUGGAAUGCAAGAAGCUAUUUGCGGUAUUAGACCAAAAACAAAUUUAAAUUCUGAUCAACAACUGAAUGGUGAUCAACUACCUGAUCUUGCUGAAUUAGGAAUAUCGGAUAAUCAACAACGACAAUUGGGUCUUUUAUUUUAUGUUCUCUACGGAAAUUCUUUAGUUUUAUAUGCACCGAAUUCAACAUUAAUUGAUGGUGUCAUAUCAAAAGCUAAUUCAACAUUUGUUUUACUUGAUACAAUAACAAAAUAUGCAUUUGAAUGGAGAAAUGUAUCCAAUGUUCUGAAAACAUAUUUUCUUGCGAAUGGUACAGACAAAAAAGUUGAUUCUCUACGACGGAUGAAAAAAAUCGUCGAAGAAUUUGGCCCUUCAAUUCACUUAUCAUCAAUGGAUAAAAUUGUUAAAAUACUUAAAAAUCUCAGCGAUCCAUCAAUAGAUAAUUAUAUGAAACAAAUAACAACAAUCGAUAAAGCAGCUUGCAGUUGGAUAAGUCUUAUAUCAGGAAUUAAUUUAAAUGUAUACAAAGGAUUUGCUAAUGAAAAUGAUUUAGUAGAAUAUUUUCUUCGUCGAGCAUAUCAUGACAAUUAUACUGUUAUUGCUAGCGUAGUUUUUACUAAUGUUCGUUUCAAUGAUACGGAAUUACCUCCGAAUACAGUCUAUAAAAUUCGUCAAAAUGCUUCAUUGACACCAUCAACAAAACGUGUUCGAGAUCGAUUUUGGGUACCAGCACCAGCACAAAGUGGAUUUCUUUAUUAUGAUUUUGGAUUUAGUUGGGUUCAGGAAGUGAUUGAUCGUGCAAUAAUCGAUACUCAAGUUGGUCGACCUGUUAUUGAGCCUGGUUUAUUUUUUCAAGAAAUGAGUUACCCUUGCUAUACAUAUGACAAUUUUCUUCAAAUGAUUCAACAUGCCCUACCGUUAUGUUUAACAAUCUCGUGGGUAUAUGCAUUUGCAAUGUUAACACAAAGUAUCGUUUACGAAAAAGAAGUUCGUUUAAAAGAAGUCAUGAAAAUUAUGGGUUUGAGCAACGGUGUUCAUUGGAUUGCAUGGUUUAUAACAAUAUUUAGUCAAACAACUGUUGUUAUGAUUGCUGUAACAAUAAUUUUACAUUAUGGAAAAGUUCUCUUGCACUCAAAUGCAUUUUUAAUAUUUUUAAUAUUUGAAAUCUAUGCUCUCUCAACAAUCAGCCUUGCAUUUCUUGUCAGUGUUUUCUAUUCGAAAGCUAAAAUAGCUGCUGCUUGUUCAGGAAUUAUCUAUUUAUUAACAUAUGUACCAUGUAUGUAUAUAUCGAUAAGAGAAGACUUAGCACAAGAUACAAUACCUAAAUGGGCUAAAAUGUUAGCUUCUUUAUUUUCCACAAGUGCUUUUGGUAUGGGAGCUAAAUAUAUAGCAUUUUAUGAAAAUAUUGGCACAGGUAUUCAAUUCGAUAAUAUUCGAUAUAGUCCAGUGGAAGGUGAUAGUUUUACUUGUUUUGAAACUGUUCUUUUUAUGAUAUUCGACACAUUGAUUCAUUUAAUUCUUAUGUGGUAUAUUGAAAAUGUUUAUCCAGGUACAUAUGGAAUACCAAAGAAAUGGUAUUUUCCAUUUACUAUCAGUUAUUGGACUGGAGAAACAUGCGUUGAGCCUGAUUGGAUAAAAAAAUUUAAAAGAAUUAGUUUAUUUAAAUGGUUUACAUGUAGAAAACAUCAUAUGUCCUAUCAAUUUCAUUGGUCGUCAUCAUCAUUAAAUCCAAUAACCAAUGAUUCUAAUAGAAAUGAAGAUUAUUUCGAACGUGAUGAUCAUCUAAACAGCCAAACAAUUGGUGUUCGUUUAACAAAUUUAACGAAAAUAUUUGAUAGGAAGAAAUGUGCUGUACAAAAUUUGUCAAUGGAUUUAUAUGAAGGUGAAAUACUUUCAUUUCUUGGACAUAAUGGAGCUGGAAAAACUACAACGAUGUCAAUUUUAACUGGUCUAAUACCAGCUACAUCUGGAACGGCAACAAUUUAUGAUCAAGAUAUAAACAUUGAUAUGGAUAAAAUACGAAAAAAUCUUGGAUGGUGUCCUCAACACAAUGUUUUAUUUGAAAAGUUAACAGUUGAAGAACAUUUAUUAUUUUUUUCAAAACUAAAACAAGUUCAAAGUAAAGAAAUGAAAAAAAUGAUUGAAAAUAUGCUAUUUGAUGUCGGUUUAACAUCGAAACGAAAUGCAACAGUAUCAACGUUAUCUGGCGGAAUGAAAAGAAAACUAUCAGUUGCUAUGGCUUUUGUUGGAGAUGCAAAAACAAUCAUUCUCGAUGAACCAACUGCUGGUGUUGAUCCGUAUGCACGACGAGCUAUAUGGGAACUAUUAUUAAAACUUAAACGAGGACGAACUAUAUUAUUGAGUAGUCAUCAUAUGGAUGAAGCUGAUGUUCUUGGAGAUAGAAUUGCUAUUAUUUCGAAUGGACAAUUAAAAUGUUGUGGAACAUCACUUUUUCUGAAAACAACAUUUGGCGAAGGUUACGUUUUUACAUUAGUUAAAAACGAUCCAUGGACAAGUUCAAGGAAUGAAGUUACAUCGACUAUAACACAAUGCAUACCAAAAGCAUAUCUUAAAGAAGAAACAAGAAAAGAACUUAAAUAUGUAUUACCAUUAAAAAGUCGUCCUUUAUUUCCGGAAUUUUUUUCUCUACUUGAUUCACGAAAAGAAUCAUUGUCAAUCGCAGGCUAUGGUUUACAAGAUGUUUCAUUAGAGGAAGUUUUUCUUAAAGUUACAGAACAAUAUAAAUCAUCACCUAAUGCAGCUGACGUUGAAGCUGAGUUUAAUAAUAAUUCAACAAAUGAAAGCUCCAUGGAAAUAUCAACAUCGACAUCGGGUUCAACAAUUUCAAAAUCAAAUAUAUCUUACGAUCGUGUAACUGGAGCACGUCUUUAUGCAAAACAAGCAUUAUCAAUAAUAAUAAAACGUUUCAUCUUUAAUUAUCGUAAUUUACGUGGUUUAGCUACACAAAUCUUAUUACCAGCAUUUUUCAUAACUGUUGCAAUGACUGUCGCAUUAACUGCACCUGGUUUUGCUGAUCCACCCCCAAUAAUAUUAUCAACUGCAAUGUUUUCACAUUUGAAUUAUCUUUAUACGCCUGUAUCGGAUUUAAAUGAUUAUAAGUUAAGAAAUAUUUCUCAUAUCUCAAGAUUAAAUGCAAAUCCAUAUGACCUAUCUGAAACAAUUCAAUAUCCAUCUGGUAUAGGUUCAACUUGUUUACUUAAAAAUCCGUAUAUGAAUGAAACAAUGUUAAAACUUGAUAAUCUAGUAGGAUCAUUGUGUGAAAAAGUUUAUCAAAAUGAUUUCACAUCUUACUCAUUAAGUGAUAUUAAUUGGUUACACAUGUUUGAAGAUAAUCAGACAUUUUUCAAUCGAAGUUAUCAACCAGAUCAAGCUACAAUAAACAAAUAUUAUUCUCCAUGUCAAUGUUUAAUAGAUCAAUCAAGAUUUACAUGUCCAACAUUUCCCACACCAGAAAUAUAUCGUUUAAUAUCAAAUGAUAGAAUAAUAAAUAUAACAAAAGAACAAAACGAAAUUCUUUACUAUUUAUAUACAUCCGAUAAUCAUCAUUUGGAUCGUUAUGGUGGUUUAUCUUUUGGUUUAGAACAAGAUUAUGUUCCAAAUAAUUAUCCAAUUAAUGUAGAUAAUCAAAUUUUACAGAAAUUAGCUGUAAAAAAUAUUGCAAGAAUAUUUACUAAUCAUAAAGGCUAUCAUAGUUUACCUUUAUAUAUUAAUAUUAUGUCCAAUGUAAUUCUACGAGCUAAUUUACCUUUUGAAAAAGGUCUGCCUUCUGCUUAUGGCAUUACUACAAUUAAUCAUCCAAUGAAUGAAACCAAUAAUAUGUUAUCAACAGAAUUUAUUUUACAAGGAUCUGAUGUUGUCAUAUCAAUAUUUAUAAUUGUAGCGAUGUCAUUUGUUCCAGCAUCAUUUACACUGUUUCUUGUUUAUGAACGUGCAACGAAAUCUAAACAUAUUCAAUAUAUAAAUGGUCUUUAUCCAUUAGUUUAUUGGUUAACAAAUUUUAUUUGGGAUCUUUUAAAUUAUCUUUUACCUGCAGCUUGUGUUAUAGUGAUUUUACGUUUAUUCAAUGUUCCUGCUUAUGUUGAAGGAGAAAAUUUUCUUGCUGUUAUUAGUUUAUUUCUAAUGUAUGGUUGGUCAAUAAUUCCUGUCAUGUAUCCAUUUAGUUUUCGCUUUACUGAACCAAGCAAUGCAUAUAUAUUUUUAAUUGUUAUCAAUUUAUUCAGUGGUAUUACAUGUAUAUAUACUUCUUUCUUUCUCGAAAUAUUUGCGCUUGGAAGUCCAGCUACAUCAACAUUAAGUAUUAUUACAAGAACAGUGAAAAAAAUCUUCAAAAUUUUUCCGAAUUAUUGUUUGGGAAGAGGCUUAAUUGAUAUUGCAUAUAAUGAUUAUUACAAUUCAUUCUAUAAGAAAACUGGUUUAACUGAUCGUAUUCGUACUCCAUUUAUGUGGGAUAUAACAGUAUCAAAUUUAGUUUCAAUGGCAAUAUGCGGUUUGGUAUUUUGGAUUUUAACAUUAUUACUUGAAUAUGGAUUUUUUUAUUCUCCAAACGUUCCAGAUGCAUUACCAUUUUCACACCUAGAUGAGGAUGAAGAUGUUGCACAAAUUCGUAGACAAGUAGUAAAUAAAACUAUUGAUGAUAAUAUAUUAGUUAUGUCGAAUUUAUCAAAAUGUUAUCGUACAAAAAGGCAUAAAAAAUUAAUCGCUGUUAACAAUUUAUGUUUGGGAAUUCGUUCUGGAGAAUGUUUUGGCUUAUGUGGAGUUAACGGAGCUGGUAAAACAACAACAUUUCGAAUGUUAAUCGGUGAUCUUUAUCCAACAGCUGGUUAUGCUCAAAUUCAUGGUUUUGAUAGUAUGAAACAAAAACGACAAGUUUUUAAAUAUAUUGGUUAUUGUCCACAAUUUGAUGCACUUUUUGAUGAAUUAACACCUGUUGAACAUAUGUCAUUAAUGGCACGUUUAAGAGGAAUUUAUUGGCAAGAUGAAAAUCACCAUGUUCUACAAUUAUUAAAACGCUUAGAUCUGUGUGAAUAUUUAACUGUACCUGUUGGAAAAUUAUCUUUAGGAAAUCGACGAAAAUUAUCAACAGCUAUGGCUCUUGUUGGUGAUCCAUCUGUGGUAUUUUUGGAUGAACCAACGAGUGGAAUGGAUCCUUCAUCCAGAAGAUUUCUAUGGAAUGUUAUUAGACGUUUAAUUAAAGAAGGCAAAUCAAUUAUACUUACUUCACAUAGUAUGGAAGAAUGCGAAGUUCUUUGUUCGUCGAUUGCCAUAAUGGUAAAUGGUUGCUUUCGUUGUCUUGGCUCAACUCAACAUUUAAAAAAUCGUUUUGGUGAUGGUUAUACAAUAAAAAUUCGUUUAAAAUCUGCGUCAAAUACAACAUCAGAUCAAACAAUUCUCGAUGGUUUCUCAUCAAAUUUUAUCUUAAAAGAACGUCAUAUAAAUAUAUUACAAUAUGAAAUAGCUGAAGAACAUGUUUCAUUAAAGGAUAUUUUCUCUAAACUAGAAAAUUUAUUGAUUAAUGAACGCAUCACUGAUUACAGUGUGUCACAAAAUACACUUGAUAAUGUAUUUGUUAAUUUUGUACGUGACCAAUAUAACACAACACAACAAACAAAAAAACCAUCGAGACGAAGGCAAGAACAUUUUGAUGGUAUUCUUGAUGAUACGUUUGAUGAUGGAUCAUUUAUCGUUACAAAAUCAAGAAGAAAUAAUAAUAAUAAUAAUGUAAGUCUGGAAAUACCGAAGACUACCGCUUGUAAUUGUAAAAUAAACACAAAUUCUCUUGACAUAUUGGAUUGUUCGAAAUUGUGA